AUGGCCUUCUACGCCGAGCUCAUGAGUCACCCUGUGCUGCAGCAGAGGAAGCUGCUGAAACCCAUCCUGAAGCACCUGGCGGCAGGGGCCAGCGAAGGGAGUGACACCAUCCGCCGGCUGGCGGCACGUGAAGACGCACAGGCAGCUCCUGCUGGACACCCUGUGCCGCCCCCGGCUGAGCCCAGCAGCCCCCAGGUCGUGGGCGAGAGCAUGCGGGCCCUGACCAAGACGCUGGGGCAGCUGAGCAAGAGAGACGUGGGCCGCCUGUCCCUGCCCAUGGCCGCGCAGGCCCGGGCUCACUUCUCGCACGAGGACAGCGCCGUGCGCGCGGCAGCAUUUGGCCUGUUCAGGGCCCUGGCCGGCUCAGCCCAGCAGAAGCACCGGAAGCUCUUCGCAGGGGAAGUGAGGAGCAGCUGGGCCGCUCUGAUGCUCCAUGUGCGGGACCCGAGCCCCGAGGCAGCCACGGCCUGCUGCGCUGCAUUCCAAGCGUGCACCCCAUUCCUCGGCCUCACGGGGCUCGAGGGAGCCUUUGACAGUGGGCUCCUGACAGGCGCCUCCGGGGAGAGGCACAGACACUUGAUGGGACACGUCUGCAAACAGCUGGCCCACAAGGACCCUGCGCUGCUGGAGAGUCUCGUCACUGAGACGAGCCUGCACCUCCACAGCUGCUGGGAGGAAAUCAGACUGGCAGCAGCCAAGCUGGCAGGGAUCCUUGCAGAGAACAUGGAGGCCCAGCGUGUCCAGCAGCUGGAUCUGGGAAAGCUGCUGUGCUCUCUCAGAGUGCUGUAUGGUGACCCCAGCACUGCUGUCGAGAUUGCUGCCGCAGAAACCAUCAGCACCAUCAGCCAGAAGCAGCGGGGGGCCCUGCAGGAGCCAGGUCCCAGCCACACAGCCCCCAGAGGCCAAGGGAGGCUGCUGUUUGUGAGGAAGCUCUUCAGGUGGAAGGGGUAGGGGAGACCCCCGGCAGGACCCCUCGACGCUGCAGAGUCAGAGAGCGUCUACAGCAGCUGAUGUUGGAAGGAGAUGGGUGCUGCUGUCAGAGCAGAGGAUCGGGGCCUUUGGAGCCACGUUCCCCUCUUUCAAGGGGCUCUGGACAUU